AUGUCGUCCUCUCAGUUUAAGCAGUUGGAGAAGCUAGGUAACGGUACGUAUGCGACUGUAUAUAAGGGUCUGAACAAGAGCACUGGUGUGUAUGUUGCGUUGAAGGAAGUGAAGCUGGACUCUGAAGAGGGUACGCCCUCGACUGCCAUCAGGGAGAUCUCAUUGAUGAAGGAGCUUAAGCACGACAACAUUGUGAGGCUGUAUGAUGUGAUACACACGGAGAACAAGCUUACGCUGGUGUUUGAGUACAUGGACAACGACCUGAAGAAGUACAUGGACUCGCGCACGGUUGGGAACGCUCCGCGGGGGCUGGAGAUGAACCUGGUGAAGUACUUCCAGUGGCAGCUGCUGGAGGGGCUGGCGUUCUGCCACGAGAACAAGAUCCUGCACAGGGACCUGAAGCCGCAGAACCUGCUGAUCACGAAGCGCGGGCAGCUGAAGCUGGGCGACUUCGGGCUGGCGCGUGCGUUCGGGAUCCCCGUGAACACAUUCUCGAGCGAGGUGGUCACGCUGUGGUACCGUGCGCCGGACGUGCUCAUGGGCUCGCGCACGUACUCCACGUCCAUCGACAUAUGGUCCUGCGGGUGCAUCCUCGCGGAGAUGAUCACCGGCAAGCCUCUGUUCCCCGGCACAAACGACGAGGAGCAGCUCAAGCUCAUCUUCGACAAGAUGGGGACCCCGAACGAGACCACCUGGCCCGGCGUCACCUCCCUGCCAAAGUACAACCCGAACUUCCAGCAGAGACUGCCCAAGGACCUGAAGGCCGAACUGCAACCGUACGUCAAGGAACCCCUCGACGACAACGUCAUCGACCUCCUCCACGGCCUCCUCCAGCUCAACCCAGACAUGCGCCUCAGCGCCAAGCAGGCCCUGCUCCACCCCUGGUUCUCCGAGUACUACGAGUCCUAA